GACGCGUGUGUGCAAUGCGAUGCGAUCAUCGUCGUCCGGGGGGGCUGACGCGAUCCGCGCUCGAGUCGGCGGCAGCUGUUCGACGGGCACGUCGCGGCCGUCAUGCAGAAAUGGCGGGAGCUGCUGGCGGCCGUGGUGUGCGCUGAGCGUGGCUGAUGGUGACUUGUGUGUGAGUGUGCGUACAAUUGUCUGUGCGAGCGAGAGAAUCAUAGGACGACUAUACGUCCUGCACGAUUAGUUUUGUGAAUAAACCGCGUAACCCCGUGUUCCGCUCGUGCAUUCGAGUGCUUCCGCACUGUCGUUACUACGCGCAGCAGCAGAAGACCGGGCGAUAUCGUCGCUAUCAAGGACGAGGAUCGUGUGUGCGAGGAUGUCGCGCCGUCCGACGCUCGCGUAGGAGAGCCCUACCGUCGUAGUCGUCGUCGUCGUCGCCACUGCCGCCGCCGCCACCACCACCGCCGCCGCCGCCGCCGUUGCCGCCGUCUUUUCCUUGUUCUUCGUCUCUAAGGAGUCUUGAAAUUCGCGCGAGUUCUCGCUACGACGAGGAACGUCACCGUGGUGAAACGCUCGUUCGUCCUUCGCGAAGGAGAAGUCACACGAUCGAGACUGCGCCCUCGCCGGCGGAAUGUAGAUUCGACGACGACGACGACGCGGUGGACGGCGCCGGGAGUUGACGCGUCGCGCCUGCACUUUCUGUACUUUGGUGCGCGCGAUAGAGGAGGCCACAAGGUGCAGGAGAGUGUACAGGAGAGUGCACGCGACGCGAGCGAUCUGACGAUACCCUCGAGAGAGGGCCUCGACCUCCACGACCGACUCCAGGCUCGAGCGGGUGUUGUGCUGAGUGAUACCGUGAGCGGGGACGCCGUCGGCGGGAGUAGUGACACGAGAAGCGGGACUCCGCGAGACACGCGUAUAUCGACUGCGCGGCGAAUCGUGGUGGACCCAUGGAAGGCACAUUGGAAGAACCACCUAUUAAGGACUCUUCUCGAAGCAGUCCUGACAGACAUCUGAAAGAUAUAGUUAUACCAAACGGGGUCAAUGGGAGCUAUAGUGCUGACAACGAAGAAUAUAUGGAUACCAGUGAUAAUAUGGACAAGACUGUGUCAAAAGAGAUGGUCACAGAAGAAGAAGGUGAUGAUGAGGAAGAUGGAGAUGAAGAGGAUGACGAGGAUGACGAUGAUGGUGAGAGCCAGGAAGGAAAAAAUGAAGGUAGUGAGAAAAAGGAUACAGUAGAUAGUAGUAAAAAAGAGGGUGAAACGGUUGAAUCCAAAAAUGACUUUAACGUAGGGAAAUCGUCCGACGGUGUGAGUGAGACGAACAAUUCUAGUGAAGUGUCUAAAACUGAAGCCGAGUGUAAAAACACCGCAUCUUGUGAUGAGGCUAUAGAGGUAGACGAACAGAGUAACAACUCUGACGUGGAGUGUCUCGACGAGAGCAUUACGGAAAUACGAUUGGAUAAUGACGAUGUGUUCAUUUCGAAGAAAUCUGCUGAGAAGCAGGACAACAAUGACAUGUCGAGUAAUAGCGAUGUGCAACAAUUAAACGAUAGCAGCGAAAUGGCCGACAGCAGCUUCGAGAUGUCGGAUGUCAAGCUCUGCGAGGAGAAUGGUAGCUGCGACAGUCCCGAUAUCGAAGAGAUAACCGACAAUGCAAAGAACAAUGGACAUAAUGCAUCGGUAGAACGUGCCGUUAAAGAUCCCACGAAGCAGCGGAAACCUCGAAAACAAAUAGAUCUUAGUAGUAUCACGCCGAGAAGGAGUUCGCGUAACAUCAAACGAACGAGUUACAUAGAGAAAGAAAUUGAAGAGGAAGUGGACGACGAUGGGUCCGACAUAGAGGAGAUUAAGCCGGAGGACCCGUUAGCCGGUAUCGACAGUAAGGACAAGGAGAAUUCGAAACUGAAGUCACCGAUCAAGAAUAGCAAAACCACCAUCGUCGUGAACGACACGAAGCGUUUGGUGGAAAUAGCCGCUGGUAGCAAAUCCGUGAAAGGCGGGAAGAAGGAGCCCACGUUAGUUAUAAUAGACACCAACUCCAUUCUUUCGGGACGCGGUGGAGUGCCUGUGAGUAACAGCAAACCUCACCACUCAGUCUCCAACUCCAAUCCAUUCUCGGUAGUAUCGAUGGGCAUGGGACAAACGCAAACGAUGUAUCCCAACAUGAGGACAACCAUCACGCCAGUUCCCAUGACCUCGAAAACGGCGCAGUUGAGCCCCAAGACCAGCAGUAUGACCACAGUUACGCCAACGGUGCCGCAGAUUUUGCCGUCGUUGACUGACGAUAUGUACGUGGUCGAGGCGCCAUCCUUCAUAGUACCUUACGUAUACGAGAAACCGCCUCUGAAACCGCUGAAAGAAUUCGUCUCGAAGUUGGAAAGGAGCAUCGAGGAGAGGGAGAGGGAAGAGAAACUUAAGAGAAAUACGGACGGAAACGAGGAGCAUGGGGAUGAUCAUUCGGACUCUGCUAAGAAGGGCAGCGAGAAAUCGGAGGAAAGCGAAAGUGAGGGGAGAAGUAAGAAGGACAUCGACGACAAAGCGAUCGACAACUCAAUAGACUUGACCGAGCACGGAUUCAGUAGUAUAGCUGAUAAAAACGAUCAUCUGCGGCAGGAAGAUAGAAACAAGAUACCGAAUACUUUGACAUACUUCGACUUGCCGCUGGGCAAAUUCUUCAUACAAAUCGGAACGAGCCUAGUUCAAGAGUAUGUGCAAACCGAUCUCUUACGGACUCAAAAGCGCAAACAGGGCAAGGGCAGUACCUCGGCCGAGACUCAAUUAGCUAUAAACUCGCUUAUCAAGAAUCUAGAAUUUAGCAAAGAGAACAAUGAACCAUUCCAUUUAGAGAUGAAGAAAUGCGAAUUCUGUAGUUUUAAAACGGAAUCGACCUUAGUCAUGCAGCAUCAUCUAGAGACCCCGCAUAUGCGUAAUUACGUUUACAAGUGUAACUUCUGCCCGAUCGAAGUGCGUAGCCCUCACGAUAUCCUAUUUCACAUGGAAGCGGAGCAUAAUACUCGCGGUAGAUUGGAGCGCGGUCCGGCCUUCCAUCAGUGCCCAAACUGUCCGUUUGAGGACAAUCAGAAAGGCAAGUUGACGCGGCAUAUUCUCGCCUGCACCAAAAAGUUCCGGCCGGAACGGAACCUGGAGCCAGCCGUGGAUUGGGAGCCACCAGCGAAAAUACCGAGACUGAAUCGCGCGCGACCGAUCGGGCCGACCAAUCCAAACGCGCUCGCGGCGAUGGCAAUGAGCGGCAAGGGCCCGCAGCCGCUGCUACCGAAGCUGCUGCCCGCGCCGAUCACCGGUCGUGGGAGAGGUCGGCCGCCCAUGCAGCCGAGAUACUCCGAUCUGAAAACACUGCGGCCAGGUGCUACUGCGAUACGGCAAGAUAAUGUUGCAGGAAUGAUGUAUCGUCCUACAUCUUCUGGCUUACUGGUGCCCACGUCAUACCAGUUUGGUAGUAACCAAAUAUUCCAGGUGGUGGGUGGCUCUGGGACUGUCAUGUCGGCUGUCUCGGGAGUGAGUAGCAGUAGCGGCGGCAGUUCCGGUCAACCCACACCAAUUGCACUUGUACCCAACGUAAUCGACUCUCUGUCUAGGUUGUCCUCAUCACAGAACACAUCUGCCAGUCCCAAAAACCCUACAGCAAAGUUAUUAAGUCAGCCGAGUAUAUCUAUUACUCCACUACCACGUACGACAUCUCAAACCUCCAUUCCAGGAUCAGGCACUUCUUCAAAAUCUGGGGGCAAGAGUUCGUUUGUUAUAUGUGAAAUUUGUGACGGAUAUAUUAAGGAUCUAGAGCAACUACGAAAUCACAUGCAAUGGAUCCAUAAAGUAAAAAUACAUCCAAAGAUGAUUUACAACAGACCUCCACUAAACUGCCAGAAAUGCCAAUUCCGAUUUUUCACAGAUCAGGGCUUGGAAAGACACUUACUGGGAUCUCAUGGACUUGUCACGUCCAGCAUGCAAGAUGCAGCAAAUAAAGGAAAAGAUGCGGGUCGUUGUCCAUCCUGUGGCAGGGUAUAUCAAUGGAAACUACUGAAUCACGUUGCUCGAGACCACGGAAUGACAUUAAAGCCAGCACACCUGUCGUAUAAAUGUACAGUCUGCACUGCCACUUUCGGUAUGUACAAGCAGUUCGAGAAUCACGUGUAUUCGGCACACAGUGUCGUGGCGAAGAGAGUGAUGGACAAGAAAAACGCGCCAGCAUCGCCGUCGUCCAGAUCCAACGAUUCCCUUCUGAAGCCGUUGAAGAUCAAUGACGAGAUUACGAUUAUCCCGCAACCGGCGAAACCCACAACCAGAUCCGGCGCGACUCAAGGCCGAGGAAAAUAGCAAUGAUGAGCUUGAGUGAUACUUGUGUCUCGUCUGAUCGAAUUUCGCAUAACUCUUUGUGGUACUCUCCAUGCCGAUCGUCGUGAACGUAUGGCGAUCAACGUGCCGUGUACAUGUGUAUGUAUACUAUUGCUUAAGGCGCAAAUUACGACACCUAACAGAGAAAAGAAAGGAAAAGAAAUCAAUUACAACUAUUUGCAACAAGAACUAGUUGACUUCGUAAUAAUAUUCCAUCAAUGAUUAUACCGAUAUAUUUAUUUAAGAAUUUUUAUUGUUGUUAUCGGACCUACAUAAAAAUAGACUGUAAAAACAUUAAAGGGUGGCCUUCAGUCUAACUCCUUGGUUAAUCCUUAUAUAGCAGCGUAUUCUCCCGACCUGUGUAACGCCUAUGUGUGUGUAACGGACUCUCGUGAAAUACCAAGUGUAUCUACACAUUCGAUAUGUGACGACGCAUAAACAUGUCACACGUGCAGUGCGGAUUACUCUCUCUUUCUCUCUACCCCUCUUGCAUAGUGAAUUCUCUAUAUAAUGUGUAUAAAUUCUUUUUCUAAGAUAAAUAUAUUCGAAUUUAUUCUAUUUUGUUAUUAUGAACGCUAACUAUCCGGGACAAUGGAUUGAAAGCUGUCCUCUUACUUAAUCUCCGAUUUGAUAAGUCGAUAAACAUCAUGUUUGCGAAACAGUUUCCGAGCGAUUAUACGAAGUGACAAAUUCUACUAAUUGACCAGAGUGCCCUCGACUGUCUCGCGAAACUAUAGUACACAGGUACUAACGACAAAUGUAUACUAUCUAUCUUUGCCGUGUGGAUCUUCCGAUCGUAUACAUACCUUCAUUUCGCCAUCAUAUUUAUCUUGAUCAAUAGUUGUCGAAAUUAUUCUCAUGCUCUUAUUUAUGACACUUCCUUACAUGAGAAAAAAAAACGUUAAUUUAUAAUGUACAACAUGAGCAGUUUUCCUUUUUUUUUUUAAUCGAACUUGUAAAUUGUAUCUAUUACUAAGUUUGACUUUUUUAGUCUCGCGUAAUAUACUAAGACAGAAAAUACCCAAUUUUAUUUUCUGCGCUCUUAAUAAGAACAACAAAAAUGUACAUUAAUAUAGGAUAUAAUAUAAAGAAAUAUAUCAAUAAAAUAGGAUGGCACACACUCGUGUAUACAUUUUUUUCUGAUAAACGAUAAACGUGAAUAUAAAACGGAGUAUUGGACUUAGCACACAACGUGACGUAUGAAUACAUAUUUAUAUAUGUAUAUAUAUAAUAUAGUAUUCACACAUGAUAUUACAUAUAUAAAUAUGUAAAAUUACAAUAGAGCAUAGCAAUAGUGUAUUACAAGAAGAAAUUAACCGUUUUAUUUUCUUCUUGUAUACACUCCGGAACGAUAAUAGGGUUACAUCAAUAUGUAGAUAGUCGUUAAAAGUAACGGGUUUAAUUUAGUAAUUUCAAUUUGUCCUGAUCAUUUUUGUACGUUAUUGUAGGAUAUAUAAUUUUAGAAGGAACUAUAAUCACACAAUGAAAAAUAUGAGAUAGUGCGUUUUUGCACUGUAUGGCUGUAUUAUUUAAUUCUGCUACUUGCCAAACGCUUACGGCAAGCCAUGUUGGUAAAACUAAGAAACAUCGCUAGACAUAAUUACAGAAAUAUAUAGUUUAUUGUAAUAAUUUGUACAAUAUUAUAUGAUUACAAGAAUAAAGUGUACCAACAUUGAA